UCUCACUGCGCGUGAUUCUUGUGAGUUCUCAUAUAAAUAUAGAUAGGCCGCAUCCCCUGAGAAGAAGGCCAUCUAUUCGUACGAUCGAAGAACUGAUCACUUGAGCUGAGCGAAACUGAGCGACGCGCUCACACUCUUCUUCUAACACCAGCAACUUUUCGAACUCCGGACUGACAGCAGCAAUAUGGAGAGAUCUCAUGGGACUUCGACUAUGGCCGUGUUUUUCGGCGCACUGAUUAUUCUGUCGGGAUGCUGGAGCUCCGCGAGCGCCUUGAAGCUGAAGGCCGUGAAGUUCACGUACUACAUGCACGACGACUUCGUGCUGCCAGACGUUACCGCUGUAAAAGUCACUGGUCCCAACAGAACUCUCGGAAGCGCAGCUACAUUCGGCGAUAUCACCGUCUUCGACAGCGUUCUCAAGGAGACAGCUUCCAAUGAUUCAGCCCAAAUCGGGUACAGCUCGGGCCAAUUUUCGGCGCUGAAAGAGUCAGUAGAGAAUUUCAUUAUCUUGGUGCAGGAUAUUACAUUCCCCGGCUACUCCGGAACCAUCUCCUGCUCUGCCAGGUUCAACUUCAGCGCCCCGUCUUGGGAGUUGGGUGUCAGCUCUGGCACAGGUUCCUUCAGAGGAGCGAGAGGCUAUUUGACAGCCAGCGUUGCCGUUCCCGACCCAGCUGGACUCGUUCUGAAGUACGAAGCGAAUCUGAUCAUUCCGCAACUGUAGAACAAAAGUUAUGAUUUGCAAGGCAUUCGAUUUGAUUGGAGAGGAUUAAACUCUACUCAGCGAAUUUUGCAGCCCGGGAGCGUGGCUGUUGCGUUCGUUCCUUAGUAAAUUUCCAUAGAGAAAUUGGAUCCAAAAUUUAUGCACUUGGUAGUUCUCAUACAUCAUAUCGAUUACUCCAUUGCACCCUUUUACUCAGGAUUUAUUGUGCCCAUGCGUGAUCGACGCAGUGUAAUUCAGUCCCGGCGAAAGUUCUGCCUUUGGACUGUCACAUGGAUGCCCUACAUGCAUUGUUUACCAACAGAAACCUCCACUUUGCGCUGGCAGAUCAUUCUCUGCAGUGCUCUGUAUGUUCAAUACUGAAAAUCAAUCGUAUAUGAGACCGAGCUAUUGGAUUUCCGCUAGAUAAGUAUUGCUGUUACAGACAAGGUUUAGUGUUUUCAGUAAGAGCCAUGCUCAAUAGCAUGUCCAUGAUUGUCGUGGCCCUACAGUAAAUGUAAGGAUUUGAACGAGCAGUUCUUGGUACAGGCCAUUCUCCCGUUUCGCUGGAAUUAUGAACUAGAAAGAGAGGGAAGGAGACCACUGGACUCCAUGCUCACUUCGAAUUUAAAAUGUCUCGGAUACUGUGCUACCAUGGCAUAUUGCACCAUCCUUUUAUUCUUUUAUAUACAUAAAUAUAAAUAAAUAAGUAUAUCACAGUAAUGAUCAUG